AUGGAGCAGUGGAAGCCCUGCCCGGUGCGCCCUGCUACCGCUGGCAGUACAGCCCCUGGUCCGAGUGUCGGGUGGAGAGUGUGGUGUGCGGGCACGGCAUGCGCUACAGGAACCUGUCCUGCUUCGUGUCCGACGGCUCCCGUGAAGGCGACGGUUUGGUGGACGAGGAGCUGUGCAGCAGCCUGGAGCUCGCCGUCGACGGAGACAAGCAGAUCACACUGAAAGAGGCCUGCACGCUUCCCUGCCCAGGUGAAUGCUACCUGAUGGAGUGGUCGGACUGGAGCUUGUGUGUGAGUAUCUGUGUGAAGGGGGCCGGCGUGGACUUUGGUUCGGUUCAGGUUCGCUCUCGAGCCGUUUUGGCCCAGGAGCCUGAAAACCUGCAGCUGUGUCCAGACCAGUCCUGGGAGUCUCAGCCCUGCACAGGUGGGAAUAUGUCUCAAAACAG